AGGAGGAGGAGGACUAAGUGAAUAAAAAGAGAGAGAGGGAGGAGGAGAGAGAGAGGGACCACAUUGCAGCACACCCGUGCGUAAAUGUGACCAAACCACCGUGCUCCCUCCGUCUUCAGCACCUCCUCUCUUCUCCUCCUCUGAGCCCGGACCCCCUCCCCUGUGUCUCCUCCUCUCUGUCCGGAUCUCCUCCGGUCUCUGUUGAACCCUGGAGUCCGGGGUGUCUCGGCUCGGCGCCCUCCUGCAGGGGUUGGGAGGAGCGCCGGGGAGCUCGUCCCGGUUCCUGCCGGGCUUCGUGUCCACCUCCUCGGACGCUCAUGGCGGCUCGGAGCGGAGGGAGAGGCGCGGGUCCACCCGGUCCCGCAUGCCGGUGAUGCGGGGUCUGAUCGCGCCGCAGAACACAUUCCUUGACACUAUCGCGACGCGCUUCGACGGGACCCACAGUAACUUCGUCCUGGGUAACGCUCAGGUCCAGUCUCUUUAUCCCAUCGUUUACUGCUCUGACGGUUUCUGCGAGCUUAGCGGAUUCGCUCGUGGCGAGCUGAUGCAGAAGAGCUGCACGUGUCACUUCCUGUUCGGCAGCGAGACCAGCGAGCGAAUCACAGCGCAGAUGCAGACGGCUCUGGAUGAACGCCGCGAGUUCAAGACUGAGAUCAUCCUGUACAAGAAGAAUGGUUCCAGGUUCUGGUGUCUGCUGGAUAUUGUUCCCAUAAAGAACGAGAAGAGUGAAGUGGUUCUGUUCCUGGUUUCUCAUAAAGACAUCACGGAGAAUAAAGACCUGGACAACAACACGUCUGAAGCAGAUGAGGAGACAGGUCUGAAGGUCCAUCAGGUCAGUUGUCCUCCGGGCUUCAACAGAGAGCGCCGUCGCAGUCGAGCCGUCCUCUACCAGCUGUCAGGACAUCUGCAGAGACAGGACAAGAGCAAGAGCAAGCUGAAGAUCAACAAUAACGUUCUUGGAGCCAACGCCACCCCGAUCCCAGAGUAUAAGGUGGCCGACAUCCAGAAGUCCCGCUUCAUCCUGCUUCACUACGGUGCAUUCAAGGCCGGUUGGGACUGGCUGAUUCUGCUGGCCACCUUCUACGUGGCGGUGACGGUGCCAUAUAACGUCUGCUUCACGGCGGUUGAGGUCAGAGAGGACGGAGGGUCAGCAGCGAGAAAUCCCCCCAGUGUGAGCGACAUCCUUGUGGAGAUCCUCUUCAUCAUCGACAUCGUGUUGAACUUUCGUACAACCUUCGUGAGCUCGUCGGGUCAGGUGGUGUACGACGCUCGCUCCAUCUGCGUUCACUACGUCACCUCGUGGCUGUUUGUCGACCUGAUGGCUGCUCUGCCCUUUGACCUGCUGUACGCCUUCAACAUCAGCGUGAACUUUGGGGUGCAUCUCCUGAAGACGGUGCGUCUCCUCCGCCUCCUGCGCCUCCUGCAGAAGCUGGACCGCUACUCCCAGUACAGCGCUGUGGUCCUGACCCUGCUCAUGUCCACCUUCGCCCUGCUGGCUCACUGGAUGGCCUGCGUCUGGUACUUCAUUGGACGCAGUGAGAUCGAGAGGAACAGCCCCGCCUCCUGGGACAUAGGGUGGCUCCAUGAACUCGCCAAACGUUUGGGCACUCCGUACUUCCUGUCACCUCUAUCCUCUUUGUUUGGAGUCGCUGACCUGCCUCAGGUUUACAAUCACAGCCGGUGGAACAGCUCCGAGCUCUCAGGGUUUCACUGGAACAGCAGCAGGACCAGAUCCAGGACUCUGAAUGGGUCGUGGUCGACUCUGAGCGGUGGCCCUUCCGUCAGGAGCUCUUACGUGACGUCGUUGUACUUCGCUUUGAGCAGUCUGACCAGCGUGGGCUUCGGAAAUGUGUCGGCAAACACAGACUCUGAGAAGAUCUUCUCCAUCUGCACCAUGCUGAUCGGAGCGCUGAUGCACGCCGUGGUGUUCGGGAACGUGACAGCCAUCAUUCAGAGGAUGUACUCUCGCCGCUCGCUCUACCACACUCGAACAAAAGACCUGAAGGACUUCAUCAGAGUGCACCGGCUGCCCAAAGCCCUCGAGCAACGCAUGAUGGAGUGUUUCCAAACCACGUGGGCCGUGAACAACGGCAUCGACGUCAGUGAGCUAUUGAAGGACUUCCCUGACGAGCUGCGAGCCGACAUCGCAAUGCACCUGAACCAGGAGCUGCUGCAGCUGUCGCUCUUCGAGUCGGCCAGCAGGGGGUGUCUGCGCUCGCUGUCCCUCAUCAUCAGGACCUCCUUCUGCGCUCCAGGGGAGUUCCUGAUCCGACAGGGUGACGCUCUGCAGGCCAUUUACUUCGUCUGCUCGGGCUCCAUGGAGGUGCUGAAGGACAACACUGUGCUCGCCAUCCUGGGGCGGGGCGAUCUGAUUGGCUGUGACUGUCUGACUCGGGUGGAGGUGAUAAAGACAAACGCCUGUGUGAAGGCGCUGACCUACUGUGAACUUCAGUUCAUCAGUCUGAGAGGACUCCGAGAGGUCCUGAGUCUUUACCCGGACUACUCCACCAAGUUCAUCUCUGAGAUCCAGCACGACCUCACCUACAACCUGAGAGACACACACACCCACCAGGAUGACUGUGAGGGUGACGGGGAGACGAUGAAGAAGCUCCCCUCCAUCAGGGAGGACGAGGAGGGUUCAGGCUCUGAGGGGGAGCGCUCCCCUCUCCCCCCCAUGCCUCCCCCAGGCAGGCUGGGUCGAGGUCUGCGCUCCCCCCUCCGUUCCCCUCUGCGCUCCCCCCUCCUCCCCCCCAGGAUCCUCAAACCAGGAGGUGAUCCUCCCAGAUCCCCCAGCAGCCUGCAGGUCCCCGUGGUGAGCUUCAACAGCCUGCAGGGGGAGCUAUCCCCCAGAAUUGUUGACGGCAUCGAGACAGAGAGUCGAACCGGUUCAGCUCCAAACUUUGAUUUUUCUCCCAGUGCGACUCAUAGCUUCCUCCCCAGUCCUUUUUCAGGUAUCUGUGAAGAAGAGGAAACUCUGCAGACCAUCAAUAAACUCAAACAGGAGAUGGCCGUACUUUCCCGGCAGGUGAGCGUCGUCACUCAGGAGCUGCAGGAGGUGACGAGUCUCCUCAAACCGCUCUUCGUCAACACGUCCAACCUAAUCGUACCUGACGCUGUGACUCCGCCCCCCAGCUGCUCCCCGGCCCUGCCCCUUCUCACCCAGCACGAGGAUUCUCGACUAACAGACAGAUAUGCGUUGUGA